GAAGAAUGGUCUCCUAAUUAAGAGAUUUAAGAGUCGGAUUUUACUGACUACAUGUUCAUGUUUGAUUGGGAAAAAAUUGAAAAGACAAAAAAAAGAACCUACGAAAUCGAUCUUUCUCCAUUAUCUCCCUCUACGCCUUCUUCUCUGGUGCGAUUCACUGUAUUCUCCUUUGAUUUCUUCCUUUUCUCUCCUUCUAUGCUUCUUCUCUGAUGCUAUUCGAUGGAUUCUCCUUUGAUUUCUGCUUCGAAUCGAUCUCUUUCCUUUCUUUCCCUCUAAUCUUUCUGCGAUUACUUGUAUCUUUCUCCAAGUUGUUUUCGUCUGCAAUUAUCCUAUCGGGAUUCUCAUAUUUAAUUCUGAUGCAUGUCUUGGGUUUACGAGGAUUCUUCGCAAUUUCUCCACUUUUCAUGAUCCCAACGAAAUCUUAGAGACUCCCCCUCUCAAUGUUCCUCAUCGAUGUUCUUCGGAAACUGCUUCCACUAUUCUUCUUCGGAUCAGAAAGAGAUUCUCUCUCAGGUUCUAUCAUGAGUCAGAAUCUCUUGAGGUCCGUCCAUUCCAUUUAUCACUCUUUUAAGAUAGAAGUCAGAGCUUCCUUCAAUUCUAAUUUAUAUAUUUUUUUUUUCUUUAGUAAUAAUAUCUGCUUGCAGGAAUGUGGAAGGCUUAAAUCAGAAUUACCAUAGGAUUAAUUAGUAAAGUUAUUCCCAUAUGAUCAUUAUUUUUAAGUAUUUGAAGUUACAUGUCAGAUAGCUUCUUCAAUCCUAAUGUUUUAAUUUUAUUUGAGAACCAAAAAGAUGAAAUAUAAAAGUUUCAAUAUGUGAAAGGAAAAUCUUUUUUCAAGUCAUGCAAAUUGCAAACAUUUCAAACAUAAAAGAAAACAUUAAAAAAGCUGCGAAUUUCUACAAAUAAAUUCAUUAUUUUAUUAUACUCCUUUAUUUAUUAACAGAACGAAUUUUAUAUUCCUCUCAUUGUCACUUAUCACACUCAGUAAAUCCCAAGAAUUUAUCUUUCUCUCACCAAAUGGAAAAAUCAGUGCUUAAAACAUGGAGAUCCGACCCGAUUUUCCGGCCGCCGGAGACGCCGUUAGAGCCUAUGGAGUUUCUCUCUCGCUCCUGGAGCGUCUCAGCUUUCGAGGUAUCCAAAGCCCUUGCUCCUUCGACGAACUCAGGCGACGACACUGUCAUACUCGAAGAGGAACCUAUCGCCGGCGGCGAAACGGAGGAGGACGGCCUUGUCUCCGGGAAUCCUUUCUCCUUCGCUUCCCCUGAAACUUCUCAGAUGGUCAUGAACCGUAUCUUAUCUCAGUCUCAGGAAGUGUCGCCACGAACAUCUGGUCGGCUUUCUCAUAGCAGCGGUCCUCUCAACGGUUCUUUAACCGACAGUCCUCCGAUUUCGCCGCCGAAAAUCGACGACUUUAAGCAAUUUUGCCGAUCAAACUUCAACUCUCAGUUCCGUACGGCGGCGAACACUCCGGGACUUAUCACGGCAACAACCACACAGUCCAAGACGGUGGGACGGUGGAUAAAAGACAAGAGAGAGAAAAAGAAGGAAGAGACGCGGGCUCACAACGCUCAGAUCCACGCCGCUGUCUCCGUCGCCGGCGUGGCCGCUGCGGUGGCUGCAAUCGCGGCUGCGACGGCGGCUUCUUCUAGCUCUGGGAAAGAUGAGCAGAUGGCUAAAAUGGACAUGGCCGUGGCUUCAGCUGCAACCCUUGUGGCUGCUCAGUGCGUGGAGGCUGCGGAAGUUAUGGGAACUGAGAGGGACUACUUAGCCUCCGUUGUUAGCUCCGCCGUUAAUGUUCGAUCCGCCGGAGAUAUCAUGACAUUAACCGCCGGAGCAGCAACAGCGUUAAGAGGAGUGACUACAUUGAAGGUGAGGGCGAUGAAGGAGGUGUGGAACAUUGCGUCAGUAAUUCCAAUGGAUAAAGGAAUCAAUCAUGGAGGUUUCAGCAAUGUUAAUAGUAACGGUAGCGGUAGCAGCAAUGGCAGCUCGAGCAGUAGCCACAGUGGAGAGUUUUUAGCUGAAGAUAACUUCUUGGGACAUUGCAGCAGAGAAUGGCUUGCUCGAGGUUGCCAACUUCUCAAACGCACCCGCAAAGGUGAUCUUCAUUGGAAAAUAGUUUCUGUUUACAUAAACAGAGUAAAUCAGGUCAUGUUGAAGAUGAAGAGCAGGCAUGUUGGAGGAACCUUCACAAAGAAGAAAAAAAAUAUUGUGAUUGAUGUGAUCAGAAACGUACCGGCUUGGUCAGGCCGCCAUUUGCUGGAAGGAGGAGAGGAUUUGAGAUACUUUGGAUUAAAGACGAUUCUGCGAGGGAUUGUAGAAUUUGAGUGCAAGAGCCAGAGAGAGUAUGAAAUGUGGACACAAGGUGUCUCAAGGCUUCUUGCUGUUGCUGCCGAUCGGAAUAAUAGAUAUAGGUUAUGAAGGAGUAGCACAAGAGUUGAAUAAGAGCUACUGUUUUUAGGAUGAUAUAAUGUCAUUGAUGUUUAACUUAUGGGGCCAAUUUAGAACUUGGAGAAAGUUGAGGGGUUUUGUUUUAGAGUAAUAAUGUAUGUUGGGUUAAGGUAAUGUAUAUAGGAUGAUAUGGGAGUUUUCUAAGGGUGGUUGGUUAAGACAAAACUUGGAGUUUUUGUAAUUUUGAUUUUGUUUUAGUGUGUUUUAAUAAAAAAAAGUUUAAUUUUGAAGUAAUAUACAUAUACAUUAUUA